ACCUGCAAUCUUCUUGCAAAGAAUAUCAAAUUCUUUUCAUUUAGUAUUCCCCCUUAUUUGUUAGAAUUAGGGACAGGGAAUACGUAGAAUCCACAAACACGGAGAACCGUUGUAGUCGCACUGUUAAGGCGCACAGCUACAUCAUUGGUCUACACCUCAUUUGAUGGUCCAACACUCAAUGGAAACGCUCACUUGAAGUGCCCAGACCAUUCUCAACCGGUGCAGACCGGUCAAGACCGCUCAGAGGAAACAAGGCUGUAAUGUUACUAACAGAAUAGUGAUGAAAUAAUUAGCCUGACGCACCCAAGAAAGUUGAUGAUGAAUCUUUUGAAAUCAGGGUGGUGUGAGCAAUAGUAACCAGGAGUUACAGCAUGUCUAUGACCUCUUUGUGUUCAUCUGACUCCCACUGAGUCCGUCUCCUCCCAGUGCCGCAUUAAUAAAACGCUCUGACAAGCUCCUCUCUGACGACUGCACAGAGGGAAGCUCAGACGAAGACAGACAGUGGUGAUGUGCACUAAUGCUCUGGUAGGGUAGAUGUUCUGUGUGCUUGAAUCAUGAUUUAAAGCAAAAAAAAAAAGUAAUGAAUUAAAGCCUUUGGUAAAGCUUUUCACAUUUACAAAAUGCAGGAAAACUUAUGGCGUCCAACAACUCUGUAAUCAGUGGUGGGUUUCCUGUCAGAAUAAUUAACAAUCGAGUCCUUAUUAUUCAAGUAUUGAUAUCAGUUUUUCUUGGCAUCAACAUCUUUAUGAUUUCAACUUUUUUCAGAAAGGAUGUCUUUUACACAACUAUGCGCUACAUCUUCUUUGCUGUGACUCUGCUGUCUGAUUGUCUGUUUUUAGUAAUGACAAACGCUCUGCUCAUAUUAAGUUUUUUUGGUUUCCCAAUACAGAUGUGGUUGUGCUUUAUUCUGAAUGUAGUUUUGUGUGUAUACACAUUUGUCACACCUAUCACCCUGACAGCAAUGACACUGGAGCGCUACGUGGCCAUUUGCAUGCCCCUGCGGCAUGCAGAGCUGUGCACCAUGAGAGCUGCUCUGCAGCUCAUCCUCAUCAUUCACUGCAUCAGCCUUGUUCCCUGCACCGUUACACUCUCCAUUUUCUCUGUCACGGUGUCUCCCACCUUCUACUCCAAGGACAGAGUAUGUUCUGUGGAGAUUUUCAUAUUGGCCAGCUGGCAGGCUCAUGUAAGAUCAGCCAUAAGUCAGUUUUACUUCUUAAUUAUGUGCUCAGUUAUUGUUUUCUCCUAUGUCCAGAUUAUGAAAGUGGCCAAAACUGCUUCAGGAGAGAAUAAAAUGUCAACAUGGAAAGGACUCAGAACUGUGAUUCUUCAUGCUUUUCAGCUCCUGCUUUGUCUCGUUCAGCUGUGGUGUCCCUUCAUAGAGUCUGCGGUUCUUGAAAUUGAUUUCACACUAUUUAUUAAUGUGAGAUACUUUAAUUAUAUCUUUUUUAUUAUCACCCCAAGAUGUUUGAGUCCGCUCAUCUACGGCCUUCGAGAUGAAUUGUUUUUUCAGGCACUAAAGUCCUGCGCUCUUUGUGGCUUAUAUAAAAAAUAUUAA